AUGGGGUUACAUUGGGGCAAAGCACCAACAACAACAACGGCAACAACUUUAGAAACUAAAGGCAACCUCAGCAGCAAGCAUAAUAUUGAUGAUGAAGCAUUUGUACAAUUUUUGAAAUAUGUAAGCCAAGAGCAAAGUUUUACAACAAUUGUUAUAUUGACAAAUUGGCAAUAUGCAACAACAGCAAAAACUCCUGCAACAACAACAACUAGCUGGCAACAAAAUGACUAUUGCGUAAAUCUUAAAUAUUAUAUGGAAUAUGACCAGCAUCACUUGGAGAAUCAGCAACAGCAGACUUUAGUACCCGUAAUACUGUUGCAAUCACAACAGACCGAAUACCGACUUCAUAAGAAAUUCAACAGUGAAUUUGUAACGAUUAUUUGUAUACCACCACCAUCACCUCUACCACUAACGUUAACAUUGCCACAGCGACAGGUCAUUACAAAGGUUACACAGAAUCAUUUAUUACGUGCUCUUAGCAAAAAUCUUUUAUAUUUACGUAAAAAUCGUGUCAUAUUGCGCCUGGAUUUUAACCACUGUGAAGGUGAAAAUUUGCAAAAUAUCUCAGAGAUAUUGAAAUAUUGCAAUAUGGAACAAAUCAUAAAUAUUAUGAUCAUUUCUUAUCAAUUUCCCUACAAUGAUACGGUAUAUUAUUCAUAUGAAAAGUUUCCGCGAUUUAAGAUCACCAAAAAUAAUUGGCUAAAGGAGCAACAUUUAUUUCCCGAUCAACUGCAAAAUUUGAAGGGUUAUAAAUUGUUUACACUACCCGAUCAAAUAGAACCCAGAUCAAUGGUCUAUAAUGAUAGCCAAGGUCAUCAGCAAAUUUGUGGUUAUGUGGGCCAUUUUGUGCGUUACUUUGCUCAGGGUCUUAAUGCUUCUUUAGUGCUGGCCUAUGAGGUGCCGAAGGGAGUUCAAAUAUUCUAUUCCGAUAUUUUGAAAUUAACACGCAAUCAUACUUUGGAUAUACCCGCUUCUUUAACCGGCCCUAUUAAUGGCACCGACUGGUCGGAAUUUUCCUAUCCCUUUGAAAUAGCCGACUGGUGUGUUAUGCUACCUGUGGAACCUGAAAUAUCCAUGGCCGAAAUCUUCUUGGCGGUAUUAAAUCCCUAUUUUAUAGUUAAUCUAUUACUGCUCUUCGUCUGCUGUACUUUACUUUUGCUAAUAGUCUUUAAAAGAAUUUCUAUUACCGAUCAUCCUUUAAAUUUGGCCGAUAUUUUAAUUAAUGACAAGGCUUUUAGAGCCGUUUUGGGCCAGGGAUUCCCUUUUAAUCAUAAAAAUCUAGAUUAUUUUGUGGUUUAUAUAUUUAUUUUACUCUUUUUCACCGGUCUGGUGGUUAUCACCCUUUUUGCUGUAUUUUUAAGCAGCUUUAUGACUAGUCCCCCUAAAAGUACUCCCAUCAAAAGUUUUGCUGAUCUGGAGAAAUCCGGCAUUAAACUCUAUAUAUCUGAAGGUGAAUAUGCUUAUAUAUAUCCCAGCGAUUAUUUAAAAUAUCCUCAAUUGUUCCAUAUAACGGAGUCAUUCAAUGAAUUUGUACGUUUACGCAACACACUUAAUACCAGUCAGGCCUAUGUUAUCACCUCCUCCAGUUGGCCCGUUGUUGCGGUCCAACAACAGCUUUUCUCACGUCAACUUUUUCGCUAUUCUAAGGAUUUAUGUUUCAGUCGUUAUCUUCAUUUUUAUUUUAUCUUACCCAUGCAUUCGGUUUUUCGUGAAGCCCUACAAAUGUCGACAUUAAGGGCAUAUUCAUCGGGUUUAUUUUUUCAUUGGUUUGAGUCUAGUUUUCAUGAAUUGGUUUCAUUGGGUCGUUUGUCCUUUACCGAUAUAACUGAGCCGCGUAAGUUAAUGCCAAUUUCUGUUGAGGAUUUGAAAUUGAUAUUUAUGGGUUUUUAUAUAUCGCUAUCG